GCCGGAAGUGGUGAGGGCGGGGUCAGCGCUGCCCGGUAAAAUCGCUGGCUAGCGAAGAUGCUGCUGGACUUGUCCGAGGAACACAAGGAGCACUUGGCCUUCCUGCCGCAAGUGGACAGCGCGGUGGUGGCUGAGUUUGGGCGGAUUGCGGUGGAGUUCCUGCGGCGAGGCUCUAACCCUAAGAUCUACGAAGGCGCCGCCAGAAAACUCAGUGUGAGUAGUGACACUGUCCAGCAUGGGGUGGAAGGAUUAACAUAUCUCCUCACUGAGAGCUCAAAGCUCAUGAUUUCUGAACUGGAUUUCCAAGAUUCUGUUUUUGUUCUGGGAUUCUCUGAAGAGUUAAACAAAUUGUUGCUUCAGCUUUAUCUGGACAACAGGAAGGAAAUCAGAACGAUUCUAAGUGAAUUGGCACCAGAUCUUCCCAGUUACCAUAGCCUUGAAUGGCGACUGGAUGUUCAGCUUGCAAGUAGAAGUCUCAGGCAGCAGAUUAAACCAGCAGUGACUAUUAAGCUACAUCUUAAUCACAAUGGAAGUCAAAAUACCAACGUCCUGCAGACGGACCCAGCCACCCUGCUCCACUUGGUUCAACAACUGGAACAAGCAUUGGAAGAGAUGAAAACAAACCACUGUAGGAGAGUUGUCCGCAACAUCAAGUAGUACCAGUUUUAAAGUUGUAAUCCUUUGAAUCAUUUAUGAAUUGGUGAUGUACAGCAGUUACUUUUCAAAGUUAAUUUUUUAUUGAUGACAAUAAUUCAUCUAGAUUCCAUUAAAUUUCCUUUUUUAUUCUAGGAUGUUGAUGUCAUCAUCAUUUAGUUUUCUUGGUGCUAAAUGCAGUCACACUGACAAAUUAAGAUGUAUUUUGUAUUUCAAGUGUGUAUAGAGGAUUGAAUCAAGUGGAAAUGAAUCUGUGCUGUUCUUCUGUAUAUAUAAAUGUCCAGUUUGGGGUACUUCUUUUGACUGUUUAACUUUAUUAUUUUCCUCCUUAUUAAUGAAAAUAAAAUUCACAGUGUAAUGCUAUUACUAUGCACAGUUUUCUAAACACUUCAAUGUAUUCCACUUUUAAAAGCACCCUACAGUAGUCCCAGUUACUCAGGGGGCUGAGGCUGGAAGAUUACUUGAGUCCAGAAGCUUGAGUUCAGCCUGGGCAAUAUGGUGAGACUAUAAUAAUAAUAAUACUAAUAAUUCCACAGUAUUGCCACAGAAUAAAUAAACCUCCCCAGCCCCCUUUCUAUGUACUGAGAGUAAAUAUCAUUUUGGAAAUGCUUUGUUAUUAUAGGCAGUUUAUUCAUUUUUCUUUGUAUGUGAAGAUAAUAAGUAUUUAUUAUCUACAUUGCUGAAUGAAGGAGUAAUAUCAAUUCUUGAUUAUCCAGAUAUGAAUUACAGUCUCUUUGGUGAAUUUUGUUUGAAUACACUAUAAAAGGGGUGAAGGACGUCCAUGUUUAUUACAUUACAAGCAAAUAUUCCUUCUUCCUUUCAAGCUUGAUUUUGUUUUGUUUUAUUUUUCAGUAGGGAAUCAAAAGCUCUUAUCCUAAAAAGCUCAAGUGCUGGGCUAGGUGCUGUGGCUUACACCUGUAAUCCUAGCACCCUGGGAGGCUGAGGUGGGAGGAUCACUUGAAUUCAAGAGUUUAAGAGCAGCCUGAGCUGGAGCAGGAUUUCAUCUCUAUUAAAAAUAGAAAAAUUAUCUAGACAUAUGGUAGGUGCCUAUAGUCUCGGCUACUCAGAAGGCUGAGGCAGGAGCCUUGAACCUUGAGAUUGCAGUAAGCAAGACCGAUGCCACUGCACUCUAGCUUAGGACAAAAGAGGAGAUUCUGUCUCAAGAAAAAAAAAGAAAGAAAGAAAAAGAAACUUAGGUGCUGAUUUGUCAGCCUCGCCUGAGAGAGUCCAGAGACAACAAUGGCAGACUGUUUUCUUGAAGAGUGGAAAUGUGGGUGUGGUCUUCACAUAGCAGCUGUCCCGAUUCAUGUCUCCCCUUCUCAAUUCCCAGUUGCCCCCAAUUCAGCCUAUUUUAUUCUUUUCUUCCCUUCUCAUCUCUCCGCAUCUUAUAAUAUAAAAUCACUUAGUGCCUCUUAACAUCUUAACACAUUGUUGACUGGCAGUUUCACACAGAAACUAUCCGUGUUACUAGGUAACUUAUGACUGGUCACUAGUGUGUUAACUGUGUUUCAGGGCAUUAUCCUGAGAGUCUCAACUCCAUGGAAUAACUCAGGAUGGGCUUUACAAGUUCAAGCUCUAAAAUGAACUCUAGGCUCUGUCAAUACUUUGCCUCCUAAGAAUUGGAGAUUCUCGGUCAGAGUAACAUACUGUUGCUUUCUCUUUAGAGGAGAGAAAGCCUAUGAGGAGGCAGGUCAGUGCACUUGAAAUUGUCACUCAUGGAGCCGCGCCUGUGGCUCAAAGGGGUAGGGUGCUGACCCCAUAUGCCAGAGGUGGUGGGUUCAAACCCAGCCCUGGCCAAAAACUGCAAAAAAAAAAAAAGAAAGAAAGAAAUUGUCACUCUUUGUCCCCUGCAGGCAUCUGGGCCACCCUUUUCCUAUUGAUAUAUGUUCUAUAGUUGUAAAACAAUCAUAUUAUCCUCAGAAGUGAUGUUUAAUUACAGUGACAACUUGAUUAAUGACACUCUCCUAUUAACAGCCUAACAAAAGGAAACUUUCAUAUUAC